UCCCCUCGUCUAGCCUGAUCGGCGCCCUCUUCUCACAGACCCUUCGUGCUCGCGACUCCUCCCCCGCGCCCACCUCGACGCAUCUCGCGACGGCAUGGUUGACUGCCCGCGGCUGCUUCUGCCGGCCGCGCGCGCCGCUGCCGCUCCCUACCCGCGCUGCGCCGCUCGAAGUAGGCUCGACCCGGGACGCGCCCCCUUCUCCCUUUGUUUCAGCCGCCGCCGCCGCCGCCGCCGCUGGAGCUCCGUUCCUGUGCAAUCCGCAACUUCGGGGGCCGGAAGUCAGUCAAGCGUUGCAGAUGAACCGGAGGCUGUCGAAUGGGCCAUGCAGGAUUUCUAUGCUUUGCGGAAGGAGGUUGAGUUGGCUAUAGAGCGCGUCAAUGAAGUCAGGCAGUCUGCCGGUUUGGAACAGCUUGAGGAGGAAAUCGCUUCGCUCGAGAAGAAAUCUGCAGAUAGUUCUUUGUGGGAUGAUCCUUCCAAGGCACAGGAGAUACUUGUUUCUCUGACAGAGGUCAAAGAUAGAGUCAAGCUUCUCAACGACUUUAAGUCGCAGGUUGAAGAAUCUGAGACCAUUGUGAAGCUUACUGAGGAACUAGAUUCCAUAGAUACUGGCUUUCUUGAGGAGGCCUCAAAGAUUAUAAAGGCAUUAAACAAGGCACUAGAUAAUUUUGAGAUGACACAACUUCUUUCUGGACCCUAUGACAAGGAAGGUGCUGUAAUUAAUAUUUCUGCUGGCGCUGGUGGCACCGACGCUCAGGAUUGGGCUGACAUGUUACUGAGGAUGUAUGUAAGGUGGGGAGAAAAGCAGCGUUACAAGACGAGAGUGGUUGAGAAAUCACCUGGUGAAGAGGCUGGUAUAAAAUCAGCAACCAUUGAACUAGAGGGGAGAUUUGCUUAUGGCUACCUCUCUGGUGAGAAAGGGACACAUAGGAUUGUCCGUCAAUCUCCGUUCAACGCUAAAGGGCUUCGACAGACAAGCUUUGCUGGUGUUGAAGUGAUGCCUCUUCUGCCGGAGGAAUCCAUGGAUGUCGAAAUACCUGAAGAGGACCUGGAUAUAAGCUUCACGAGAGCUGGAGGUAAAGGAGGCCAGAAUGUAAACAAGGUGGAAACAGCUGUUCGCAUGGUCCAUAUUCCCACUGGCAUUGCAGUUCGUUGCUCAGAGGAGAGGAGUCAGCUGGCCAACAAAAUAAAGGCCCUCAGCCGGCUCAAAGCGAAGCUACUGGUCAUCGCGGUGGAGCAGCGUGCGUCUGAGAUCAAGCAGAUCCGUGGCGACAUGGUGAAGGCAGAAUGGGGGCAGCAGAUACGCAACUAUGUCUUCCACCCCUACAAGCUCGUCAAGGACGUCCGGACAGGGUGCGAGACAUCGGACAUCACCGGCAUCAUGGACGGCGAACUGGAGCCCUUUAUCAGAGCGUACCUCAAGUACAAGCUCACUACAGCAGCUGCCAGCUCAUGAGGAGCAAAGCGACAAGUGAUACUUACAUCAAGUCCGUAGUAGUAUGAAUUUUUUAUGCAAAGUCCUUUUUUUUUCUUUUCUUGAUUUAGUGGACUUUCAUAGUACUAGCAUCUCAUUUCUUGAUUUAGGAAUCAUAACAGAUCAAAAUCGAAAUGGGGCCAUGAGUUGUGCCUUGAGUUUUACCAUAGAUGUCUAAUCGAAUCGUGUGACUUGGUGAAGCCUGUGUGCCAGUUCUCUAAAUUUUUGAAAUGAAUAGCUGUUCACCUA